UUUUGAUUCGUCAUGCUCUUCAUAUUUUCUCAGGCAACUCAAUUACCAUCAUUUUUACCCAACCUUUGAAAGGAAGUCCCUUGUUGUUUCUUGCGGAAAUGCCCGGUUUUCACUCAUAUAACAGCAACCUUCAAACCAGAAAAAAUUGCAAAUUUUCAAAUUCAAAAUUAGACAGUCACCAUCAAUAUUGUCGGAAUAAUUUAUCUUAUAAAAACUCUUCGGUUAUUUUUGGGUUCCAGUACAUUCCUUUUGGAAGCGAACAUUUCAGCCGAAAGGAAAAAGAUUUUUCAAUAUGUAAUCAUGGCUCUUUGGCACUCAAGAGAGCUGAACCAGGACGGAAUUUUGUUAAAGAGGUUUAAAUUUCCACGGCCUAUUAAUUUCUGCUUUCGCGAAGACAGCAGAGACUUUAAAAUUUCCACAUUUAUCAAACUCUGCAGUAAGCUAUCAUCAUGGCGGUGGAAAGGUCUGUAAUUGCAAAAGACGUUACAGAAUUAAUUGGCAACACCCCAUUGGUAUAUCUUAAUAAAGUUGCGGAUGGUUGUGUGGCCCGGAUUGCUGCCAAACUAGAAUCGAUGGAGCCAUGCUCUAGUGUUAAAGACAGGAUCGGUUAUAGUAUGAUAGCUGAUGCAGAGGAAAAAGGUCUUAUCACACCCGGGAAGAGUGUCCUCAUUGAAGUAACAAGUGGUAAUACUGGCAUUGGAUUAGCCUUCAUAGCAGCAGCAAGAGGUUACAGGCUUAUUAUUGUAAUGCCUGCUUCAAUGACUCUUGAAAGAAGAAUCGUUAUGAAAGCUUUAGGGGCUGAGUUGGUACUGACAGACCCUGAAAUUGGUCUCAAAGGUGCAUUUCAGAAAGGUGAAGAUAUAUUGGCUAACACGCCUGAUGCUUACAUGCUUCGACAGUUUGAAAAUCCCGCCAAUCCAAAGAUACAUUAUGAAACCACUGGCCCAGAGAUAUGGAAAGGCACCGGAGGGAAAAUUGAUGCACUUGUAGCAGGGAUAGGUACUGGUGGUACAAUAACAGGUGCUGGGAAAUUUCUUAAAGAACAAAAUCCCAACAUUAAGGUGUAUGGUGUUGAACCUACUGAAAGUCCUGUGCUCGCUGGAGGAAAGCCUGGUUCUCACAGGAUUCAAGGGAUUGGUGCUGGUUUUAUACCUGCGGUGAUGGAAGUCAGUCUUCUAGAUGGAGUUGUUCAUGCAUCAACCGCUGAAGCUAUUGAGACUGCAAAGCUUCUUGCACUUAAAGAAGGCCUACUUGUGGGGCUAUCCUCUGGAGCUGCUGCAGCCGCUGCAAUUAAGGUAGCAAAAAAACCAGAAAAUGCCGGAAAGCUUAUUGUGGUGCUUUUUCCAAGUUGUGGUGAGAGAUAUCUGUCGUCUGUGUUGUUUGAGUCAGUCAGACAGGAAGCGGAAAGUAUGACCUUUGAGUCAUAAAACUUUUGGAUUUCAAGGCUUUGAAGCUUCUUCAGUUUCUGAUCUUUGUGCAUAGCUUAUGGUUCUUCUGUUAUGGUUGUGAUUCUGAAAUAAAAAACCAACUGUAGCCAAAGGCCCCAAAACUUUUGUAGUCUCAGUAUUUUGAUUGUCUUUGGCAGUUUGAGGCUGUUGGAAUAAUGUUUGUUGUAAUCUUGUUUUCAUCCAAAAGUAACAAAAUAAAUGGGGCCAUAAAGGAAACUAAAAGCUACAAAAGAAAAUUGUGUAAUUCUUGAAUGUCAAUUGUGCGUCGCAAAACCAAUAUGAGGCUUUUUUUUUU